ACCCUUGCGUAAAUGACGUAAUCUCCACUGCAGUCUCUCCAGCGGACGCAGCAGCAGAAACCGAAAGCAAGCACGUCAGGCUCAGCACAUCUUUACUUGCCACCGUCCAGCUAGCAAACAAAGGCAAAAAGCCCCAAUGGCAGCAGCAUCCUACCCGCUUGACCCAGAUCUAAUGAGAGAGGUCCUUGAAUGUCCCAUCUGCUUGGAGACCUUCAACGAGGACCAAAUGAGACCCAAACUCCUCCAGUGCGGUCACACUGUGUGCCGGCAUUGCCUGGAGAGGUUGUUGGCCAAUACCAUCAAUGGUGUGCGCUGCCCCUUCUGCAGCAAGGUCUCACGCAUGAGCAACAUCUCGCAGCUGGCCGACAAUCUCACGGUGCUCAAGAUCCUCGACUGCACGACGUCGUGCGGCGCCGCCGCCGCCAUCCUGAUGUGCGGAUCCUGCUGCAGCCGCCUGCCGCGACACUACUGCCACGACUGCGCCGCCGUCCUUUGCGAGCUCUGUAAAGGGGAGGGCCACCGACACCGCGGCCAUUCCGUUCAGCCCAUCCGGAUGGCUGCCGAGCAACGUCGGAAAGAACUGGGCGCCAAACUGUCCACCUUACGCGACAUCAUGGGCGAAAUCCAGAAGAAAAAGAUGGCUCUUGAAAACAUUACCAAAUCGCUAAAAGCAAAGUACCGAGCGGUGCAGCAGGAUUACACAGCGGCCGAGCUGCAACUUCAAGAGGAGCUGAGCCGCUCUCGAAGGACAUUUACUGCCUCAAUAGCAGAGGUACAAAAGCUUAAUGGGCAGGCCCUUGAAGAGCAGACGUACCUCCUGAACAUUGCGGAGGUGAAGGUGGUCUCGUGCUGCGACUAUCUGACCAUGCGGGUGAGGCAGAGCGACAUCAGCUUGCUCAGGGACGAUGGAGGCGGGUGUGAGGACGAGGAGCUCAACCUCCGAAGCAGCUUGCCGACCGUGUUUCAACUGCACGAGCCGCAGUUGAUCCGAACGGAACCCUCCAAACCAGUCGAGGUGGCGCAACUGACCACGAGCACGUACACAGUCAAUACAGACAAUUUGGAUUGUGCUUUGGACAUUGCACCCAAGGGUGACGUGGAGGGUCGAGAUGGGGCUGUGGGCGGUGCAAAGGGUCCUCCCAUGGAUCUUUACCGAGAUGUUGACAUGGUUGCAGCAGUCGAUGACACUACAAGUAGCUCACCGUGCACUUUUAAAUCCAAGUCAAUGGACGCAGGGGGGGAAUCAGAGGGAGGCGCGUGCGCAGGUCCCCCGCCGUGCCAGUUUGUGAAGAAGAUGGGCUGCAAGGGAGCUCUUCCUGGUUCUUUCAAUUUACCAGUGAGCAUCUGCGUGACCCAGCAAGGCGAGGUCCUCGUGGCUGACCGCGGCAACUACCGCAUCCAAAUCUUCAACCGCAAAGGUUUCCAGCGUGAAAUCCGCCGCAACGCCAGCAGCAUCGACAACUUUGUCCUGAGCUUCCUUGGUGCCGACCUGCCGAACCUCAUGCCCUUGUGCAUUGCCGUUACAGCACAGGGCCUGAUCGGCAUCACUGACAACUACGACAACUCGGUCAAAGUGUAUACCAUGGACGGGCAGUGUGUGGCCUGCCACAAGAACCAGCUCAUCAAGCCCUGGGGUAUUACCGCAAUGCCCUCGGGCCAGUUCGUGGUGUCGGACGUGGAGGGCGGCAAGCUGUGGUGCCUUGCCGUCGACCGCAACCUCGGCGUGGUGAGCUACAGCCGGCUGUGCUCGGCGGUGCGGCCCAAGUUUGUGACGUGCGACGCCGCCGGGAUCGUCUACUUCACCCAGGGCCUGGCGCUCAACUUUGAGAAACGCCACAACGAGCCCCACCUGGAAGGGGGCUUCUCCAUCGGCUCGGUGGGCACCGACGGCCAACUUGGCAAGCAGCUCAGCCAUUUCUUCUCCGAGUCGGAGGACUUCUGCUGCAUCACCGGCAUGUGUGUUGACGUCAACGGGGAUCUGCUGGUGACGGACAGUGGCAGGAAGGAGAUCUUGCAGUUUCCCAAAGAAGGAGGGUUUAAAGUUCUCAUCCAGGAGGGACUGAAUUGCCCCGUGGGCGUGGCCACCACCCCCAAAGGGCAGCUCUUGGUGCUGGACUGCUGGGACCACUGUGUCAAAGUCUACACGUAUAUUCAAAGAAGGCACUCUUCCACCUCCUAGAGCCGUGAACCGCACCAAGUGGGAAAGCAAGCAUCGGUAUCUUUUGUUAGGCGUUGGCAAUAGUUGCACGCAGAAGAAUGAUUUUUAUUUCGUUUCAACUCAUCCUCACAACAAUUUGUUUUGGCCAACGGAAUUUAAAAUUGUCACCUCAAAGUAAUACCACCAAGCUGGCGUUCGUAUUAUUUAAUGCAAUAAGCUUUAUAUUUCAAACAAGUUUCUCCCUCUAACUGGUUUACCUUUUGCAAUACGUGAACAGUAAAGAGAAUAAUGGAAUCGUGCAAAUCUGUGGGCUUUGAGCCUAUGAAGCACCUUAUUGUGGGCAAACUGUUUAAAUCGCAUGUUGACAGCUUUAAAGUUCUCUGUGCAGUUAGCUAAUAAGUCAAUAGCUUUGAGAAACUGCAAUUCUGUACAAUUCAGGGAGCAUGCACCAAGUAUUCUGUGUUACACGCACUCUGUGGCUCAUUUGCUGUGGGGAGGAAGAAAAAAAAAGUUGUGGAAUAUUACACUCGUCAUUGAGGUUUUGUGCGUUUUUAUUCGGACCGGCCUUGUCAAGUGCUGGCAAAAAAAUGUCACUGUAAAAAAAAAAAAUGUAAAUGUUAUGUAGUUGUUUACCGUGUGUUCUUUUCGUUCAUCCGAAUCGAAGAGUGAUAGAAGUGAGGCUGUAAAAUGUCAAAAUUGACUUCCAAAUACCCCAAAAAAAUGCUGAGCUUAUGCUUAUGACAUCAGUCUACGUUUUUUUUUAAAUUGUACGGUAGAGGCUGUGUCGAACCCCUGAGACCGAUUCACCGAACCCCCUGGGUUCGAUCGAACCCGGGUUAAGAGCCGCUGCACUAGACAAAGAUGACUCUCAAUGCACAGAUGUCAUUGCUUCAUCAAAACUAAAGAAUAGACUGCAUGGGUUAUUAAUUGAACAAUAUAUUUAUUGCUGUGGUUGUAGUCCAAUUAUCCAAAUAUUGCAAACAGCUCGGCUUAAUUAGGUGCAGUUGUACACAAUGGCAAACUACAACCACAAUGAUAAUAAAAAUGAAUAUAAUUUUUUUUUCUUUUGUGGUAGGUUAGCGAAUUGUGGCACUUCACCUUUUCUUUUGUAUGCUCCCUAAAAAACACGUGCUAGCGUAUAUAGCAUUCUCAUUGUCUUUUUUUUUCUUUUUUUUUUUUGUGGGGAGCAGCAAAACCUAGAUCUUAUAUUGUGUAGGAAAUAUGCCUGACAUAUGUAAUAUGCACCUUCCAGCCCAGGUUGUGUUCCUAGGAGCACCUUGUUCAAGCCUUAAAGAUGACUGCACUUAAAUUGCUCCAUACACAUCUAGACAGUACACAUGUGUAAGCGUUGAGGAGGUGAAAAUCUCCACAUACAUGCCCGUGUGUGUGUGUGUGUGUGUGUGUGUGUGUGUGUGUGUGUGUGUGUGUGUGUGUGUGUUUUGUAAAUGUUUUCCAUUACUAUCCAGGGGGUCACUGCCGUCGUUAAGUCAGAAAAGUCUUUCUACCCACAAUCUUGCUGCUGUAGACUGUAAAUUUCCCCAGUGUGGGACAAAUAAAGGAUAUCUUAAUGAAUUAAUUAAAAGUUUAUAAACACAAAUUAACUGUCAGUGUGCAAGUGUACUGAACAUCAAUGUGUGUGUCACAUUUUAAUUUUUAUUUCGCAACAUUUCAACCCGCAAUUGUGAAAACAUUUGCAUUAGGUCCUUGAACUGAAUUGCCCGCACCCCCUCCCCCAUGUCUCUCAGGUGCUCUGGAGCAUGUGAAUUUUCCAAUGUGUUGAACACAUGGACAAAAAAAAAAAAAAAAUCUUGUUGUGGUCCAGUCUGUGUUUGAAUUGUUGAUUCUUGAGUGCAAUAAACGUUUUGGAAUCAAACAUAG